UCUCCAAACCCUUUUUUAAAAGUCAAAGCCAUGACCCUCUUUUAAGACAUUCCCCUCUCACACCACAUUACGAAUCCACCCCACCCCACUCUUUAUUUUCUAGCUCCCUCUCCUCUCAACAUUUUCAUACCUUCCUCCUCACCCUCUCUCUCUCUCUCUCUCUCUCUCUCUCUGUAUAUACACACACACACAUAUAUAUAUAUUGAAAAAUGCUUGGAAAAAGGAUUGGUUCUGUUAAGAAACUGGCCAAGAAAGUGAAGGUGAAGAGCAGAGUAGAAGGCGAAGGCGAAGGCGAGUCGUCGCAUUAUGAAUCUUUGUUGAGGGAGAGGGAAGAAGGGUCGUCGCCUUCUGGGACGACUCCAACCGGUUUUCUGGCAAUCUAUGUGGGAGAGGAGCGACAGCGGUUCGUGGUGCCGACCGGAUACCUCUCUCAUCCUCUGUUCAAGAUGUUGCUGGAGAAGGCUUACAAUGAGUUUGGUUUCGAGCAAAGGAAUGGACUGGUGGUUCCAUGUAAUGUCUCUACUUUCCAAGAGGUGGUCAGUGCUGUGGAGUGCAGUCAGGGGAAGUUUGAUUUUGGGAAUUUGGUUGAGGAGUUUAUUUAGAUAUAUAUAUAUAUAUAUAUAGUGAGAAAUAUAUAUAGGAAGUAAUUGCACUUUGAUGAAUGUUGGAAGUGCAUAGGCUAGCUUAUAAUGUUCAUUAAUGAGGUCUGCGAUUCCUUGGGAUUGUACUAGAACAACAUGUAAUGUACAUAAUUCAUGUCCACCAAAUUGGUUGGGCCAGUUUUGAUCAAAUUGAAGACAAGUCUUUCAAUUUUCUAGUUCAGAUUUCAAU